AUGGACGACGGCGGCAUUAACAAAGAACUAAAGCAGAAACUGAACUUCUCGGGCUGUGAAGACGAGAGUGAGAACGGAGGACAGCGGGAAGGCCCAGAGGGCAGGGAGGCCCGGAGCUGCACCCCAGAGAAGUCGGAAGCUCCUGACUCAAAGGCCAAGUUCAUACUUCCCAGCACACCCCUCAGCGAAGCACGAGAGCUCGCACUUCGGGAAAAAGACACAGGGAGUCCAGAGCCUGUUUUGAGGACUCUGGUGUCAGAACCCCUCACGUGCCCUGCCACGCCAACCCAGCCAGGCGACCGGCGAAAGCUGCUGCACUGUGAGAGCCCCUUCACUCCCAAAGGCCAGCUGAGCCAGCCCGUGAUUUCCUCGACGGGGAAGCCGUUCGCCCGUGCCUCCAAGCACUUCAGGCUCACACCCGCGUCCUUCGCAGACGAAGCGACCUCAUCAGCUCUGGUGAAUAUUAACCCCUUCACCCCGGAGUCCUACAGGAAACAGUUCCUUCAGUCCGGUGGCAAGAGGAAACUCCGAGGAGACGUCGAGGAAGCUGAUCCAGGCGAAGGCAAGGCAGAGCAAGGGCUGCCUGCCAAGAGAUGUGUCCUACGAGAGACCGACAUGACUUCCCGCUAUGAAAAAGAGUUCAUGGAGGUAGAAAAGAUCGGGGUUGGGGAAUUCGGUACAGUCUACAAGUGCAUUAAGAGGCUGGAUGGAUGUGUUUAUGCAAUAAAACGCUCCACGAAAUCUUUUGCACAAUUAUCCAAUGAGAACUCGGCCUUGCAUGAAGUUUAUGCUCACUCGGUGCUCGGCCAUCAUCCCCACGUGGUCCGCUACUACUCCGCGUGGGUCGAGGAUGACCACAUGGUCAUUCAGAACGAAUACUGCAACGGCGGGAGCUUGCACGCUGCCAUAGCUGAAAACACCACGUCCGGCAGUCAUUUUGAAGAGCCGGAGCUCAAAGACAUCCUCCUCCAGAUUUCCCUGGGGCUCAAGUACAUCCACAGCUCUGGCAUGGUGCACAUGGACAUCAAACCGAGUAACAUCUUCAUUUGUCAUCAGAUGCAAAGUGACUCGCUGGCGGUCCAAGAAGAGACUGAAAAUGACGCCGACUGGUUUCUCUCUGCUAAUGUGAUGUACAAAAUUGGAGACUUAGGUCUUGCAACAUCAAUAAGCAAACCCAAAGUGGAAGAGGGAGAUAUCCACUUCCUGGCUAAGGAGAUUUUGCAAGAGGAUUAUCAGCAUCUCCCCAAAGGAGACAUAUUCGCCUUGGGACUGACGAUGGCGGUGGCUGCGGGCGCAGAGCCCUUACCCAGCAACGGCGCCUCGUGGCAUCACAUCCGCCAGGGUCACCUUCCGCACAUUCCUCAGGAGCUCUCGGGAGAAUUCUACAGUCUGCUCAAGAGUAUGAUCCACCCGGCCCCGAGGGAGAGACCCUCUGCAGCAGCCCUGGUGAGAAGCCCAGUUCUCCGUUCCUCGCUGGGGAAAGCAGAAGAGCUCCAGCUGCAGCUGAACUUGGAGAAGAUGAAGACAGCCACACUGGAAAGGAAACUGAGAGAAGUGCAGCAGGCCCUGUCCCCCCAGGAAGGCCACAGUGACCUUGAGGCCUUGGGGGCCCCCACAGCAUCACGCCCCAAACGCCUGGUGGGAGGAAAGAGUGCGAAGUCUUUGAGCUUCACCUAA